CAUGGUUUUGCGCAUGAUCAACAGACUGAUCACCUUUGAACUUUAAUUCAAACUAUUGCAAAGAUAGCAGCUAGUGCUAGUGAUGCCUUUCUUCUCCAAGAAACGCAAACGCUGUGCUGAAAAUGAUGAGGUGCAACCAGGCAAGAAGAAGUCAAAGAAGGCGUUUGAACUUAGCUCAUCAAUCGGUUACAAGGAGGGCAGCUCCCAUGUACUCUGUCCCAGCAUCCCAAACAACUUACAAAACUCGUUAUCCAAGGAGCUGGUUUCUCUUUUGAAUACCAAUGGAGGAAUCAUCUGCUUCGGGGUGACAAAAGACGGAAUUGUGCGUGGGAUUGAAAUAGGCCGUAAACAGGAGGACGUUUACAAAUGCACCAUUGACGAGGCAGUCAAGAGGAUCCAUCCCAUGGUUGAGCCCAGUAUGUACCGAGUGUCUUUUACCCCAGUUGUGGAUAAGAAGGGCAAAGAAACGAGGUAUAAGAUUCUGGAGAUUCGUGUCAUCAAGGGAGACAGAUUCCAGAUCUACGAAACUGGAUGUGACCCGAGGUGUGGACUAUUUCAAUCGUGUGUGUAUGUGAGGAAUGGCACCAAAUUAUCCGAGCCACUCGCUCCUCACCAGAUCAAGAACAAGACCAUUGAGCAAAUGGAGGAGAAAAUUCUCUACCAGUCUGAGUUAGCUACAAAGUUGAUGUCUACUAUCGCAUCUGCUCCUUCUGCUGAGACAACAAAAAGGACUCCUUUGAAUGUGGUCAACAAGGGGGGGAAAGGCCCCAAAAAAGCCGCUGAAAUUACUGUUUCAUCAUCAUCUGUUAUUGACCUAACCAACAAUGAAGAGAGCCCCAUUCCUAGUGAGCUUCUGUCUGAUAAACCCUCCAAAUCAAAGAAGAGCAAUAAACUCUCGUCAAUAGUUUCUGGCAUCAAGAAAAAAGUUAACCGUUUAUUUAAUGCAGCUGCAUCUUCAGAGACUAAAUGUACUCUUGCUCCGAUACCACCCAAAGAUUCUGGUGUAGCACAGGCUCAAAAAACGUCUGUGAGCAAGUCUCAAAAAGUUCCAACACCACCCGAACAUGACCCUGUUGUUAAAGCACCACAAGAUCGAAAACCGUCAGUCACCAAAUCUCAAAAAGUUACUAUGCCACCCAAACAACCUCCAAGAGUUCCAACGCCACCCAACCCGGGUCGUGUUGUAUCACGACAUCAAAAACCACCUACUAAAAAACCUCCGAAAGUUCCUGCACCACCAAGACAUGCCCUUGUUGCUACCACAGCACAGCCGAUACUACCUACCCCCCAACAGUAUUCUGGUUACACGAGCAACUACUCUGUUCCACCCCCUUAUUCACAGCCGAUACCUCCCUCCUCUCUACAGUAUCCUGGCUACACGAACAACUACUCUGUGCCACCCCCUUAUUCAGCACACCAAUCAAGCUAUGCGUACUCUCAACCCAGUGCACACGUUCCUCCUUACAGUGCCCACCAUGCUUACCCUCAAGCCCUCCACGAUUACAGCUCCUGGGCAGCUUGGGGUCAAGGACCAUCCACUCAACAGUGCCAUCCACAACAGAACUACUACAAUGUGCCAUACCAAUAUUAAACUGUGGUGUAGUACUAGCUGUGAAUUUGACUGUGAAUUUAAUCUGUUCAAUCUUUCAAUGUUUAUUCAACCAUUAAAUUUUACAUAUCCACAAAAUGAUUUUUAUUUAACAAUCGUCUAUUUGAAUAAUUGCUACUUCUA